CCUAAUUUGUUGUAUCGGGCAUGAUUAUGGCAUGCUGUCGCUUUUGAUUGUUUUCAUCGCAUUUAGAUGUGACUCUUGAUGUUGCAUGUCUCCUUUGAGGUUCUUAGUGUGAGCAGGUCUCUACUUUACCACUGGAACUAACGAUCAAGGUUUGAGCGGUUGAGGACGACGAAGAAUCGACACAUAGGAGCGCUUUCAAGAGUUGACGAGUCUAUGUACAACCCAUAACAGUUUCUGAGAAUGCAUCGCGUCGAGUUUGGAACAUGAAGACCGUUUUCAAUAACAACUUUUAGCAACGCAGAGAGCACAUGUUUUCUGUGAACAUCACACAUAUUGAAUCUCGGCCAUCUAAAACUGUCAAUGAACAAUAUGACUUGUAUGUUGACUGUUUGCAUUGCGAAGACCGAAAUCUGGCAAGUCUUCUUGAGGAGUUGCGAAAGAGAUCUGUAACUGUGCAAGUGUUAUCCCCGCCUUCAAGCAAGGCAGAUGAUGUUCCGUGGUUUCCUCGCAAAUGCUCAGACUUGGACAUCGUUGCCAACGACAUUAUUGGUUAUGGUGGUGGAUUGGAUGCAGAUCACCCGGGAUUUAAAGACACGGAGUAUCGAGCAAGACGUCAGCACUUUGCUGAUGUUGGCUUGAAAUACAGACAUGGUCAUCCAAUUCCAAGGGUUGAGUAUAAUGAAGAAGAGACACGGACCUGGGGGACAGUCUUUCGUGAACUCACAAAGCUGUAUCCCACACAUGCGUGCAAAGAAUAUAACCAACUAUUUCCUUUGCUAAUAGAAAACUGUGGCUACAGAGAAAACAACGUUCCUCAAUUAGAGGAUGUAUCCAACUUUUUGAGAAGCAGAACUGGUUUCCGUCUGCGUCCAGUUGCUGGCUAUUUGUCAUCACGUAACUUCCUUGCUGGUCUUGCCUUUCGAAUCUUCCACUCAACUCAGUACAUUCGUCAUGGAUCUCAACCAUUGUACACACCAGAACCGGAUGUGUGUCAUGAAUUGCUAGGUCAUGCAGCGUUGUUUGCAGAUCCCAUGUUUGCCCAAUUUUCACAGGAGAUUGGCCUUGCAUCAUUGGGAGUAUCUGAAGAACACAUUAAGAGACUAGCUGCUUGUUACUUUUUUACUGUGGAGUUUGGAUUGUGUUGGCAAAAUGGAAAAAUGAGGGCUUAUGGUGCUGGAUUGCUCUCUUCAUUUGGAGAACUGAAGCACGCAAUCGAGGGUGAACCCGAACGUCACCCAUUUGAUCCAGUCAAGACUGGCGAGCAGUCAUGCCCCAUCACCGAAUACCAGCCAGUAUAUUUCUACACAGAAUCAUUUGAAGAUGCGAUUCAAAAAAUGAGAGCCUACACAGCCACCAUUCCUCGUCCGUUUGCCGUCCGUUACAAUCCAUACACUGAGAGCAUCGAAUUGCUUGAUAAUGUGGAUAAGCUCAAGUCGAUGGCAGCAGACAUGAAAGCAGAUGUGACUCGUUUCUGUCAAGCUCUGGACAAGUUGAACAAUUAAGUAUAGAAUUAAGGCGGAUUGUUUGGUUGGUGCAUGAUAGACAGUGCUAUGAAAAUUAAAGCAGCUAGAUAGAUGAUGUGUUUGUUUGAGAGAGACAGUUAGGCACACUGUUGUGUGUCAAUUAGUAACAGUGAAAGACAAUGUGAUGAGUGACUGUUUGAAGCUA